GAGAAUUGAGAUUUAUCGAUCAGUUGUGUCGCUGUGCCCACAAAUAUUAUGUUAUAUGUGGGUAUAGUGUGAUUACAUAUAUACACGAAUAUGUUGCUUCCGCCGCAUAGCAGAAAGCUAUGGAAGUGUUUGGCAAUUUUUCUCUGUACGUUUGGGAGUUCCAGUCUUGCCAGCCAAUCUUCAGAAAACAUUACAGAAAUAUAUAAAGACGAUAAUUCCAGCAGCAAUGAUUGUCAAGUCUUCGUUAUGGAAAAGAAAUUGAAAGGGUCAGAUAUUGGUUUCGCUACCAUUGCUGCUGUUUGUAUUGUUGCUGGAUUUGUACUGGUUUUUGCAGGUUACCGUUAUCUGCGUACAUCGCUGUUUGUUGAAGCUGUCGCGGUCGCUGCGUUUGUAACAUACACCGUGUGUGGUUACUAUACGGGCCUAACGUUUCCUGGCCUUCUUGGCGUAUCACUGUUUAUCGGUGUUGUUUUUGCUGUCAUUUCGGUUCUUGUGACGAUCUUUGGCCUCUUCUUAUCUGGCUUUACGAUGGGGUUCUUCACUUCACUUGCUUUAAUCAUGGCCGUAUCUCCCCUUGUCGAAAUACCGUCCAAAUGGAUUCCAUUUGGGAUCUUGCUCGGUGUCGGCAUAAUUUGUGCAGUGCUGAUUCUAAAGUUUCAGAAAAGUUUGGCCAUUGCCUCAACGGCAAUGUUUGGUGGUGUACUAGUGAGUGUUGCUGCAGAUUUUUUCGUCGAGAAAUUUCUCUUGCUUAACUAUGCUUGGAAACGAAUUACAGUGGAAAGUGAGGGGGAAUCUUGCUGGUUUUCUUGGAUAAUUCUGGCAAUAUGGCCAUUGUUUUUUGUCGUUGGUACUAUCAUCCAGUUUCGUCUAACCGCAAGACAUGUUGAUCACAAGGGGAAAGAUGAUAGAACAGAGCGUUUUUAUGGAAGUGAAAAAGCAAUAAAAAGAUAUCGCAACAUGAACAAAAGUGGAGAUGUCGUUACAACAUCGUGGCUAAGAGAUAAAAGAAAAGAGCCGGCCGAGGAAGGCCAAGAUCAACUUAUUGAAGAACUGGAAGAAAAUACUACAAAUGUUUAAUUAUGAAGACCUAAUAUAACAAUUACCAUGGAAAGAUUAGUCCAUUUGUAUAACAGCCGACCUAGCCACAAAUUUUAUUUACUCACGAACUGGGUAUGCGUAAUCCCAUGCAAGCAAACCUCAAGAGGAAAAAGCAGCAUUGAAAAGAUGUAAAAUUUGUCUUGUGGGCAAUGACCCGAGAAGAAAGGUUUUUGCUGAUAGCAUUUAGCUCAAAUGUGUUUGCCCAAGCCCCAAACCAAGGCUAUGCUCAGUGCUGACCUUUAUAUCAUCGUUUGAAUACUAAAAUUUAAAACAUUUAUAAACCUAAGAGCCGAAGAAUGGAGAGUGCAUGAAGUCCGGCGGAAAUCUUUCCCAAUGGCAAUGCAAAUGGUUUACAAACUGGGGCGGUUGUAUAAACUCUCGGUCAAACCGCCAAACUAGUUCAAGGUUAACUACUUUUUUAUAGAACCGGCCCCGGGUUUGUUCAGUUGUUGUGCAGUCGUGAAAUUCUACCUCAUGGUUUCAUUUUUUUUUACUUUGGUUUCAUUUUUUUUUAUUUGAGAACGAUAUGAACAAGGAAGAUUUAGAUAGCAAAACAGUGAUAGAUUUUUAUUACAGUCUUUAUAGAUAUUAUUCCUUUGUACAGCUAGGUUGUAAUAUAUUUAUUUAAAAAUAAAAAGUAACA